CCGUGAGCCUGGUAUGAAGUGACGCUCAUAAACUACGUUCAAUGUUUCACAAAAUGCGUCGUAGCUGAGUUGGUUUGUUUGUUUUCGAAGGAGAAGUGGAUAAGUCGUUUCAUCAUGGAUUCAAAGAGACUCGUCUGUGAUCGGAUAUCUUUUGUCCUGCUCAUUUUGGGGAAUAUUGCAACAGCUCUCUCUGGCCAAAAUCUUGACUGUACCAACGACUACGAGUCAAUGACCUGCCACUUUGAAGCGCAAAACUGCACUGGAUACAAAUUGACUCUCCGGAGCAACGAGGAUAAGGAUGAAUGUACUUUCAAACAGUGUGACGUCGGACAGUGUUGUUGCUCUGCUGAGCAAAUUAAACUUAUCUGGAGGGAGACUCAUAAUGCCACAGUUUGGAAAGGAGACAACAGCAUAGUGUCCAAAACAAUCAGCGUCAACGACAGCUUUAAGCCUAAAACCCCCAAAAUCGUCUCGGUGAAUGAAACAAAUGGAAAUUUUCAAGUCAAGUGGAAAACAAAUAUGGAAGGCUUUAUCAGUGAAUACUUGCGCGCUGAAGUGACUUACCAUAAAAAAGGAGACUCAAAAGAGGUAUCUCCGAUUUUCACACCAACUACACUUGAUGGACUGUAUUCCUAUGAAAUACUUGGUCGAAACUUGCAGCCAAGCACAACAUAUGCUGUCAGCGUAAAAAGCUACACAAACAUUAGUGACACGUACAGUGACAGCAGCGAAGAGUGGGAAUUCACAACCCCUAUGUCCACUGGAAUCCUGACUUUGGCUAUCAUCAUCAGCCUCAGUUUUGCUGCAGUCAUCAUCACCGGUGCUACAUAUGUCUGUUAUGUAAAGCUCAAAACAAAGUGGUGGGACACAGUAGCCAAAUGUCCAAAUCCCAAACUUGGUGUUAUUUAUCCAAGCGAGCAAAGGUUCUUGAAGCCUGUAACAACCGACUACUCCAUUGCCUGUGUUGAGCCCCUUGAUCCAGAUGACAGAGAACCAUGGUUGAAGGGAUCGCUGAAAGACACUAGCAGUGGGAGCCCACAGCAAAGCAGUGGAUUCAGUAUCGGCUCUUCUUGUGCCCCGUGUGUUAAUACAGAACCUGUUGACAUCAAAGCCUGUGUUCAGGAUGCCCUUAAUAAAGCCUUUGCGAAUAUCGUCCCGUUAUCAACUUUGACCACCAAAGAAUUAAACACAGACAGUGGUUUGCUCUCCUCUCCCUAUAACCCUUGUGACCUCCAAGCUGUUGACAUGAGUUGUGGGUCAUCCCACUUUGACAACAAAACCUAUUCCAUCUUCAUUCCCACCUGCCCGAAUCAGAUUCCGCUGGACAGCUCUGAGGUCCAGACCCCGGCAAAAAUGAUUUGUGACCCUGCAUACCGUCCUAGUGCAGGCGACAUUGUGACCUGUGUUGACCCACAGGCACCAGCUUUUCCGCUUGUUACUUCACCACCAGGGGUCCUGUCUCUUAUGCCAACAGACAUGUCAUAUCAGCAGUGCAAUGGAGAUUCUGGAGGAUUUUACCUUACAGAAGACUCCAGUUUGUCCUCCAUCUCUAGUGGCACCAACACAACUGGGUCAUUUGAUCCUGUGUCCAGAGUAGAGGCCAGGUGUGAGAGCUCUGAGGAAGACGUUUGUGCUGCGACAAAGCAACAUGGAAAAACUGAAGGGGCAGCUAUUUGUGAUGAAAACCCCAGCCACGGCUGUGUGCCUGCAGGCUCACACAGCUUUCCUUCAGUGGAAGACGACUACCAGUCAUUUCAGAAUCUGGUGGAGAAGCCUGAAAUUUUGUUUUCCAAGGAGAGAAGCGAUGGGAAAGAGGAACAUUUGAACAGAUAUCCAGAGGAAUUAUUGACCAAGAUGCCUCCAAAGACCUUUUCUCUGUUUGAUCCCUAAUGACCAGUCUAUGCCAUUAAUCCCAGACAGAAGCCAUCAGAGUGUGUAGGGCUGAAUGUGUGUGCAUUCCUUUUUCUUUGCAUAAUUUGUGCCUUUUUUUAAUUACUGAGAAACAUAUCUGAUAAAUUUAGAAGAUGAGAGUGAGCGAAUGACGGAUGUAACUGUGAUUGGUGUACCUAAUCUUUAAACAGGCCCUAUUAUGCUUUUUUCCGGGUGCAUAUUUUUAUCUCCAGUUACAGUUACAACAUGUUUACAUGCGCUAAUGCUCAUAAUCCGCCUUUUUUUUUCAUCCUGGCUGUCCUGCAGCACCUCUUCUCACCCUCUCUCUGAAAUGCUCCGUUGUAGCAUAAAGCAAAGUCUGCCCUGAUUGGUCAGCUAGCCCGCUCUGUUGUGAUUGGUCAACGUUUCACAUUUCAAAAAACUCUUCCUCCAGAGAUUGACAAAUGAACAAUAGAUCACAAUGGGAUUUGGACUUGGGCUGCCUCGAUGGUAGAUAUGAACUUAAGCUCUAUCUUUCUGUAUUGUUGUUUGAGGGCGGGCCAUACUAGCCGGAGAAUAUUACGUGACUUCUGUUACAUUAUGACCUCAUAAAGUUACAGAAGUGAAGGAGAUAAUUCAAUCGACCCGUUUCAGGCAGCUCAGGAGCAGUGACUCUGAGGGGGAGGGUAACUCCUUUUAGGCGAGGAUUCAGGUUUUACACUAUACAAACCUUUUACAUGUACAAAAAUAUAUAUAACACUCUAAAGAAGAGGAAAAAAGUGGGAAAGCAUAAUAGGGCCACUUUAAAUCAAACCAAGAGCUCCGGAAUAGUAAACAAAUGGACUUUAAGUUGACAUUGGUUUCCCAACUAGGAAAUGACUGUUUAAGUGUGUCAAUUUGUGUUUAGUUUGUGAAUACAUUGCAACCCUGUAUGACUGCCUUUGAUGUGAAAAAAUCCAUAAAGUUUGUACAUAGAAACAUUCAUGUAAAAUUACUGUCAUAAACAGAAUGCACUUGUGUUGAGUUUUAAGUGUGUGUUUGCUCCAGUGCUUGAACAAAACAGCUACAAUCAGCCCUCAUAUCCGUAACUCACAGGUCAUAUUCAACGAUGUGAUGUUUUAGGUCAAACGUAUUCCCUAAAUGUUGUAUAAAGCAUUAAGGACUGUGUCACUGUAAAGCAUGUCUGACUAUCCAGUCUUUGCUUUGAAAUUUGAGUUGAUAUAAGGGUAAUUUCUUGAAGAUUAUUUCAAUCUCUCUCUGAGCAUAAUCUGACUAGGGGAGUCAUCAUAAUAAAAGCGGAAUAGGUACCCAAUUUGGCCAUAAACACUGAGCCUCAAUAUACAAAACACAUUCAAACUGAGUAAACGUCUGAAACAAGACAGCUGUCAUAAUAAGUGGUUCAUAUUCAGGAUAGCUCUUCUCUGGAACUGCUGAGCCCCUUCCAAAGAAACUCAUGUCACUUCAGGCUACAUUCGUCACAACAAAGAGCUGAAACACAAAGACAUACUCCUAUUUUCUGAACAAAUUCAAUAUAUGCAAAUAAAUGGUGGUAUUUUUUUUCUUUAAUCAGCACUAGAUCUUUUUAGUGAAA